AAUUUAAGAUGGUUCCAGAAAUAUUUUCUGCAUGUUUUUCAGUUCAUCCAAGCAGUCAUUUCUGAAGUGCAUCACAUAUUCUAGGUCUACAUGCUUACAUUUUAGGAAGAUGUCUGCAUUUAAAACUCAUUAGCUGCUUGAUUCCUGUAGAUAUGCUGUUGCUUGAAGAACAUUAGAGACAUCUACUGGCCAUCAGUUGAAUAAUGUGAAUGGAUGGAUAAGGUUUGUUUCAGCUUGGGUCUAUAACAUUUUAUGACCUUAGAAUUAUUAAUUAAAUAGGCACUGUGCAAAAAUCCAUACAACACAUACAAAAGUAAACUACUUGACACAGCUGAGAAAAACAGUGGCCCAGUGUUAUUCUGAUGAAGGUUGGCGCAUUCAUAGUAUUGUUAGGUUCAUGUUUCAGAGGGGUUAUCUUACAUAGAUCUCUUACAGUCUCAAAUCUAUAAUACAGAUUAGAUUCUUCUUUGAUAAUAGAUAAGAAAUGGGAGGAGCAGAAAUAGAUAGACUAUAUACUUUUAAAAAACUUUAUUUAGGGAAACUCCAAUAGUAGCAGACAUUUUACCCCACUUCAUUCCCUCUCUGUCUGCACAUAAUGAGGAUUUCAAGUCUUGUCCCAGUUCCAUCUGUGACAGCUCCAUCAAUCUGAAGGGCAGAGAUAUGGCUGAACUAAGUACCGUCACUCUCCCCUCCACUUGUUGAGGAGACAGGAGAUGUGUCCUAAACUGCACCCUAUUCCUAUGUAGUGCACUUAUUUUGACCAGAGCCUAUAAGGAUCUAUAUAAGGAAUAGGGUGCCAUUUGGGACGUAAUCGGGUGGAGUUUGUAGGUAAUGAACCUUUAUGAUCCAGUUCAUCAGUAUGCUGAAGUGAACAUUUAUUCUGAGGGCCCCGGGCCCCAAUCUGAGGGCCUCACUGUCUGGAUCAGGAUUGGGAUGUGUGAGUGAGUGUGUGUGUGCGUGCAUGCGAUAUAGGCUACUGGGCUGAUUUACUGAGAGUAGCCCUGCCUUGCCCCACUCAAAGACAUUACAUUAGCAUCGAUCCUCCACUCCAUCCCACAUUAAAAUAAAGCAGAUUAAGAAAGUAGUAGGCUAUAAGGCUAACCUGCCUAUUGCCUAAUGUAUGAUUAUUUUUGUGAUUAAAAUAGAAUGUCUGGCUUUUAAUUUAAUUUAAUAUUCUGAAUAUUAAUUAUACGAAUUAAAGGUAUAUUAUGAUUAAUUAAUUGGGUCUUGCAUUUGAGAGACUAGAACUCGCUCAUAGACGUAAAGAUUCCUGAAAGAAAUACAUUAAUAUCCAAUGGCCACAUAAUUAAUGAACACGUGAUGCUGCUGAAUAAACUACUCAUCCCACAAUGCUACACAGCUGUGGAGUUAUUUUUUCCAACCACGUCGUACACCUACCCGCGGACAAAGUAUUUUGAUUGGUGUGGCUGCCUCCGGACGGUUGUUGGUAGGAAGGAAGUAGCCUACAGAUUCUGACCGCACUCUCAGCUCAAUACCGCCGUAGAAAUGUGAUGGAUUAGAAAAAUAUGUGCCUCGGUUGUCAAUAUGUUCCCCGGCGUUUUCUAUGCGCUCCUGGCGGGGUUUCUCGGGGCUGUCGCAUCUUCAUCUGCAAAGCUGUCACUUGGAGCCGAUUACCUAAAAGGUGUAUGUGAAACGGGGCUACGAACAUGGGGAGAGCAGCGGAAAUUUAGACAACCGGACGAAACUACCGCUUGUGACUGGCUACACAUCCCCCUGAGGCUGCUUUGUGGGGGGCUGCUCUUCACCUGUAAUGCUGUGAUGUGGACGUUCCUCGCUAAGGCGCUCAGGUACUCUUCCUCCUCCACCCGAACUACUGUGACCACCACAGCUUCCAACUUCGUAUCUUCCGCCUUUUUGGGGCAACUUAUCUUCGGGGAGACCCAGAUUGCGUUGUGGUGGGUGGGAAUCUCCCUCACAUUCUCUGGCCUCCUGGUGCUUCAGAGGGCGGCCCCCCAUGACAGAGCCAGGAAGGACAAAUGACAACCUGUCGGAAGGCACAACUCAUUAACUGAUAUAGAAAGAAACCAGUAAUGUAACCUAUAGCCUACUAUCUGUGACAAACAAUAGCAUUUCUCGGGUGAAUGGCUGUCGUGGCAAAUUUGGAAGGUAAAGCACUGUCAAAACAUACCUAUGUAAGGAGAAUACAGUGAUUUAUGGUUUGUAACACUUUGACAUCAUCAGCAAUGUGUGCAUGACAUCGAUACUUCACCAUGCAUACACUCAGCCUCAGAUCACAAAAGCUUUAUUUUGCUCACAUAUCCUAAGAUGACACGCACUGUAAACUUCCACGCCAACAUUGAUCAUUGCAUGUUCAAGGUGAUGUGUGAACCAAAGUGAUAAGUCACACAAAUGCUGCUACUGCUGGACAUAAGCAAAUACAGCAAACACAGAUAUUCUCAUAGCUUAUUACAGUAUCAUACAUGAUGUGGCUCAGAGAAUACACUUCAUGGCCUUGAUAGGAACUUCUCCUCGGUUGUAUCAUGUUUAUAGCCUCAUAUCUUGAGGGCUUGACCCUCACACAGAGUUUUGACAUGUUUUGUGGAUUCUGAGGUGGAUUGGCCUUGCCUGCCUUUAUAGCAAAUGUCUAACAGAAAGUUCCUAACAAGGUCUAAACCCAAAUAAGUCAAACCAAAGUACACAAAUAUGUUGAUCCUGCCUGGUACCCACUGUAACCACAGCAAGUCUCUGUCAAUGCAGUGUGAAGUCAAACUGCUAAGUGGCCCAAAAAAAUCAUACUGACCUUCUCAGCUGCCUGUAAAGUGAUACGGUUUAGUUCACUCCAAAAUCAAAAUUUGUCAGACAUUUUCAAACCUCAAAAGUGGUGUAAUGUCGAGAUGAGACAAACUCCAAUGAAUGGAAAGGAUAGGCACUGUCUAACUUCAAAAUGUUUAGACUGUGCCUGUCUUUCCAAUUAAUUUUGAUUUGAGGCACAGAGCUGGAUCGACACAGCAGACGGCCUGGACUUCAUGACAUUAGCCCACGUCUGACCUCAACUUUUAAUUUUGGAGUGAACUAUCGCUUAGUCCCUUUGGCUGAAGACAUUAAUUUGACUUAAUGGGGUGCCCAAACAACAGUUACUCAAAUGUCUGGCCUUUUAAUUGAGUGCCACCAGCUUUUUGUUUUUCCAGCUGUAGGCAUGUAUCAUUGAGGGAUAAAAAUGUACAACCAGUUUGAGGUUAACCUCGGGAGAAGGGAACCAUCCAGUAGCACAGUCCCUCCCUCUGCAUCUUCCAAGACUUCCAAAAGGUCAAAUGUUGCUGUGGGGUUUCUAACCCAACUACUGAAAGUAGUGUUAUAUUUCUAGCAUGUUUGUCCUCCAACAGUGUACUUCCCAGAUAUUCCUUAACACUGUGAUGUGCUAUUGUGGAAAUGGGCUUUGUGCGUAAUACUGACAACAAACGUUACUGUAGACUGGAGUUUGACUUUACAACUUUACUAUAUGAUCACACUUUGCUGUUGUUUUUUUAUACAUAUCAUAUGCAUGCAACAACUAAUAGUAGCUACCGGUAUUCUGACUGUAGCUAUUAGACGAUGAUAUGUCUGGAUAAUUGAAGAAGAACGCACACUAUGAAAUCAGCUCUCCUUCCAGUUGCAGUACAUUACAGACUGCAGGUGUUGUAUGUAAUGUAAUCUACUUUCCUGGCAAUGUGACUAUCAAUGCUAUUGAAUUAGGACGGGAGACAUUGGUGCUGACAUUUCUCCUGUGUUCUCCAGUCAGUCUUACCUGUGAAGCCAAUGUCACUGAGGGCAAGAGGAAUCAAUGCAUUAGAAUAGUGGUUUCAUGAAACUUUUCUUUUAUCGUCAGCCCCAGAAUGGGACCCAUUUGUUUUAACCAUUAAACUGUAGAUAUGGAUAUUAUAAACUGUAGAGAUAAGUUUGGGAGGUGCAUAUGACUGACCUGAUAAACUCUGUGUUCCAGAUUAGUGCAGCACUGGGUCCCUACAAGAGGGAUAAAGAAAUGCAAUGUAUUAUAAAUAAACAUGCAUUAUUAAGAGUCGUUGAAAUGGUUACUUGGACAAUCCACCUCCCCAUCCUUUGAAUAUGUUGCUUGGCUCUUAGUAAAUUGUGUAUGAUAAGGGAGGACUUCUCAGAAAAUGGCUGUUAGCCAAUAGAAUUAGAUUGUCACACAGACACAGCAGCAGUAUGUGCAAAAUGUUAGUCAUAAUUUAUUGGACAACAGGGGCAGAGAGAAACAGGUGUUUGGGCAUACCUCAAUCUCAUGAACCACAUCUAGUCUAACAUAACCUAUUUUAAACUAACGUUUGUAAAUGUAAAAUGUUUUCAAUUUGAUGGUACACAAUGUUGAAUAAACCUCUCAUCUAGGAAA